GUAACACAAGCUGCUGUAUUUUGAUAAUGAGAAGGUCAUGACAGCUGGGUAGCGUGACCAAAUUGUCUAUGACAGAGACUGUCUAAACUAUAUAUCAGCGAUAUGAAAUCGUUUUCUAUGCCCGAAUGGAGAGACGAAUUACAGCUUCUAAAACGCCAUAAAAGCUAUUUGGCUUUGUCGUUUAUGACGAAUAUUUGAAGCUGUGAUAACCUUGUUGUGACGAAAUCGCAGAAGCUGUCGUAUCGCCUUUUCAUACUCUGCCAAAACGCCACAGAAGCUAAUUGGCUGCUGCGGGAUAAAAUAAAAAAAUGAAAAUAAAAUAAAAAAUGAAGUACACUUGAGGAGUUUACUAAACUUUCUUGCGUUCCCGUUCCGUAUAUUGUGCUUCAUACCAUACUUACGUAUUUUAUUUUACAUUACCUUCGACGGGAUUCGAACCACAACCGCUCAACCGGACGUUUACCAUUACUUACUGUAGAAACCCUAUAGAUCCACCGAACGAAACCACUCGACCAAUCUGUAACAUGCUAAACGAGUUGGUUUUUUUGUAUUAAGUGCGUUCAUCACAUGGCUUAUAUAAAUUGUAGGGUAUUUGUGUAUCGUGCUCUUAGGUAUAUUUUAUUUCAAAGGUUACAUCACUUUAUAAUGUUCAAAAUUGUACAAACCAUUGAAGACAAUUUAAAAGUGUUAACUGCGGUGCCUCAAAGUUGGGAAAAAAAUGGGAUCUUGUUUUGGCCACCUGGACCUGGUAAGAAAGCGUAUACGCUUCGCAAGGAUGCGAGUAACUUACCGAAUCUCAAUACAUGGACCAAGACAAAAUGUCAAAUCAAACGGGAUAACAUUCUGACGUUAAAAGAAGCAUUACAUCAGGAGAAAAUACUAGCAGAAUUUGAGGACACUGAGGAUGAGGAAAAUUACAGAUUAUGCAAGACAAUUAAUAGAUUACAUCCAGUAAUGAAAACCAUCGCAGUAGAUGAUUUUAAUCAUUUAAUGACUGAAGCCGACCCUGACCCGGAACCUGAACUGAUGAAUAACAACACCCACAAUACUCCAAACAUGGAAUUGACAGUAAUUAACUCUGUUCAAGAUAUUAAUAAUGUGCAAUCUCUACCUGGUGAUAAAGCCGAGGAUAAAGCAUUGGAACUUGAGGUCGAAAAUCCUGUAUUACAUUCUUUAGCAAUAGAAGAAAAACUGAAGUAUUUAGAAAAAAAACAAGAAGAACUGCUCAAGUCUGUAGCAGGACUUCAUAUUAAAUUUGAUAAACUAUUGGAUUUAAUGGCUGCAAAUACUGCGAGCAGCAAUCGUGAACCACUCAUAGAAAGUGCUGAUGACACACUAAAUGAUUUAGGAUUGUUUCCCAUUGAUGAUACUGUCAAAUUAAACGAAGUGGAACAGAGACUUCAAGAUAAAGACUUUCAGAUGUUAUUAAUUAAGAAAUUGUCUGACAUUGGUGGUACUGAUGGUAAAAAAAAUUUCAAUAAAAUAGUGUAUAUGGUACUAGAUGCCAUAUUUGAAAGAAAAUUCUUAAUGGAAAUCUCGUGGACCGGUUCCACAAAAACCAAAGGUAAAAAAAAGAUUUCGAUGUUGCAAUAUAAGGAAACAUUACAAAUGUUUUUUAAAGUCAUAAAAAUGGCCGAUUCAAGGUACACCAUGGAAGAAAAUGAAAGUUUUUUUAAAAGAGUGCUAAAGAACAGUGCCACUAGAGCAAAUAACAAUAAAAACGUACAUCCUACCAAACCUAUGGAUAAUAUAGAAAUAGAUGUAAACGCUAUAGUCAAUGAUGACACGAUUUUAAAUGCGCCCAUUAUCAUAUACAACAAUGAUCUUGGUAUUUAGACAACUAUAACAUAAUUAGCAAUAAGUUUAAAGUAACAAAUUUUUGUUUAUUCAUGUUUUUUUAUAUAAGUGAGUGAAUUAGUGGAAUAAAAACCUUUGUAUCAUGACA